AUGCUUCUAAAAUAUUCAUUUUCAUUAUUUACUCUUUGUCGCUUAAUCAUAUUUAUUCUCUUUUUCGUACAUUCUGCUUUUGAAUCUCAGGUGUCAUCUCAAUUUAUUCAACGAGAUCCAUUAUUAAACAGGUCAAAUGUACCUAAGAAUAUACUUGCUACUUCCUAUCUUGGCGGAGGAAGUCAUCUUGCUCCGAUGUCUGAAAUUUUAAAGAUUUUGAUGGAUCGUGGAUAUAAUGUAACAUUAGCAGCACCAGGAAAUUUUACUGCAAAUUCCCACUCUUAUCGUUCGAUUCCACAGGUUAUUGUCAGUAAAAAAGCAGGCACUGAACUUGGAAAUCAAGAAUUGAUGAAAAAAAUGUUCUUGGAAGAAACAAAUGUUAGAAAAUUCAGUGGAGCAUUUGAUCAUAGCGCUUACACAGAAUAUUAUAAAAUAUAUAAACAAACUGCUGAGGAAAUCAACGUCGAUUUAUUUUUUUGUGAUAUUGGAAUGAAUUUCGCAUGUUUUGAUCUUGCUUGGGAAUUAAAAAAGCCUGUUGUUGGGUUCGCUUCUUCUCCAUUCUUUGCUGUCAUUCCACCACCAUAUAAAUCGGAUCCUAUUUUUGGAUGCCAUGUGAGCAUGGAAAAUGAAUCUUUCUAUGAAAGAUUUAAUUGUGCCAUUAUAAAACCUUUAAAACUUGCCUGGCUCUUUAUUUCAAUGGCGGAUAAUAUGAAUUCUCAAAGAGUAAAGUUAGGUAUUGAAUCUUAUUGGAACCCAAGAGCACGAAUGGAUAACAUUUUAAUUUUGUUUGAUACUUUCUUUGGGUUUGAGAUACCGACUGCUAUGUUGCCACUUCAUCAAGAAAUCGGCCCAAUUUUAUCUGAUACUUAUCCAGAUCUAACUCCAGCUCUUGAUUCGUUUCUUAAUACUCAUCCUCGAACAAUGUAUUUCGCACUUGGAACUAAUGUAUUUACUUCUCCCCAAAAUAUUGCUAUCCUUCUAAAAUCUUGUCUUGAAUUGAUUAAUCAUAAUAUUAUUGAUGGUGUAAUAUGGGCUACCGUAAAAACAAAUGUCACUGAAUUAAUGUCUCUCUCUGAUGUUGACUCUCCUAUAUCAGAUAUUUUAAAUAAUAAUUAUCCUCACAUUCACAUCACAAAAUUCGCCCCUCAAUUCGCAAUAUUAUCUCAUGAAAACACCAAAGUGUUUUUAAGUCAUGGUGGUGCUUCUAGUAGUCAUGAAUCAAUGUAUACGGCAACCCCAAUGUUAAUACUUCCAAUAAUGGGUGAUCAAUUCGGAAAUGCUGAAAAAUUGGAGUUGGCUGGUAUGGCGUUAAGACUUUCAAAGCUUAACUUAACCGUUGAUGACAUAGUAUUAAAGAUUAAAAGGUUAUUGAGUGAAGAAGGCUUUAAAAAGAAUGCGGAAAGGUUACAAUUUGUUGCUAAAGUAAAUAGUAAAAGAAAAUAUAGAGCUGCGGAUUUAAUUGAAAUGGUAAUGAAUACAAUUAAAUAUGAAAGUGUUAAAGAUGAGAAUGGUGCUUUAAGUGUUAAUAAUAAAGCACUCCUAAGAGAUUGGAUUACUCCUAAUACGAGAAUGGGUUUCAUAAGAGGAAAUUAUAUAGAUGUUUAUAGUACUUUUAUUGUUAUUUUAUUAGCAUUAGUUGGUGGAUUUGGUUAUGUUUCAUUUAAAACUACUAAAUUCCUUUAUGCAAAGUAUAAAGGUAGAACUAUAAAUUCAAAAUCGAAAAAAGAAUAA